AACUAAACUAAAGAGGAAAAGUGUUGAGAGGUGUGAAUAUUCCUGCCAGGUUUUGUAUUUGAUCCUUUUGGAAACAUAAUUCACAGGGGAUUAAAUUUUGCUCAGGAUCAUUUUGUUUUAUAGCUGAGGUCAGCAGGUCACCGAAAGACAAAAUGAGUUACAGCUCAUCCUUCGUUGUGCAACGGCGUGGGAGCAGCGGAAGUGUGUCCAGUUAAUUCAUAAGCAGGGGAUGAAUCAUUGAUGCUGUGACUCAGCAUGGGGCGAUGGUUCUGGUUCUGACCCGGCUCCUUCCAGAGAAACAUUAAUAUAGACUAGAACCUCUUACAUUCAUUUCAGGCACUAAUGAAUUAAUCUCAUUUCAUGCAAAAAAGUCCUAAAAAAACAAAUAAAUGCUAUAAAAUGUUUAUUUUUCAAUUAAUAAAUGCAGAUAUACUGGCAGCAGGAGGGGGCAGCUGCAGCACCAGGUGGCAGCUGCAGCACCUGGAGGCAGCUGCAGCACCAGGAGGCAGCUGCAGCAGCAGGGUCAGCCGCAGCAGCAGCAGGGGGCAGCUGCAGCAGGGGCAGCGAGGCUCUGAGCCUGUUGGACUUUCUCCUCCACCAGAAGCUGCUCUCUCACAUCCCGAACAUUUGAGCUUUUGGAGAGGAACCAUGCAGCUGGCUUCCCUCGCGCUCUUCCUGAUUGUGUUGCAUGUUUGCGGCCGAGCGGAGAGCAGAGCGAGGCUGCGGCGGCCGCAGGCGGGCGGCGCGGAGGCCGCGGCCCGCCGGUCCGGGUCGCCUCCGCCUGGAUCUGAGAACAAACGCUCCUCACCUGGUCGUUCUGCCGGGAGCUGCAGCACCCGGCAGCUGGGUGCUGAUCUUUGACUUGAGACAGAGACGCUUCCUCUGUGUGGACAUAAAGGGACAACUCUUCAAGUCUAGACAGAAGGACAGAGGACACUGCCUCUUCCAACAUAUUUGGUUCAGGCCGGGUGAGCGCCAUGAUCUGUUUUCCUCUGUGAGCAGGAGCUGGUUGGUCAAACUGGGGGUUGGCAGGCCAGGAGCGGUCCGCGGUGGGCCACCAGACGGCCAGUUAGUGAAGAGGCAGAGGAGCGAGGAGGUGAACCCGUCCGAUCCUCUGAGGACAGAGUCCCAUCCGUCUCCUCCGGUGAAGGAUGUGGAGCCGAACCAGGCGGGGGCCGUUUCCAAGGAAACCAUCACUUCCUGUGACGACCCGCUGCGGGUGCUGAGGCCUAACGGACACGGCAGUCCAGUCAAGACGAACAUCGCAGAGCGAGCAGAGCAGGAGUGACGUCAGGUUCUCAGGAAGCAACAGGAAGAAAGUCUGACGCCGCAGAGCAACAGGCAACACGCAGAGACCAAGUGGGACCGGCUUCCUGUCCGCGGCUUCCUGCCCGCGGCUUCCUGCCCGCGGCUUCCUGCCCUCGGCUUCCUGUCCGCGGCUUCCUGCCCGCGGCUUCCUGUCCGCGGCUUCCUGCCCGCGGCUUCCUGCCCGCGGCUUCCUGCCCGCGGCUUCCUGCCCUCGGCUUCCUGUCCGCGGCUUCCUGCCCGCGGCUUCCUGCCCGCGGCUUCCUGUCCGCGGCUUCCUGCCCGCGGCUUCCUGCCCGCGGCUUCCUGCCCGCGGCGCCGGCCCACUGCGCUCCGAUCAGACACUAUCUGAGGUUUCAUCUGAUCACUGCGGCUUCAGCGCCUCUGUUUGAACAGCAAAUGAGGGAGAAGCUGCGCCUGCUGACCUUUAACCUCUUUGUCUGUUAAAUUUUAAUCUUUGGGCCAGAUGAUGCAACCCUUUCUUCACAUAUGUUCAGAAACUUUCUUUCAAAAAUAUUCUCACUAAAAAGAGACAUGAAUGAUAGAACAGGAAAGAGAAAUGAUCCGGUGCUGGACACCAAGUCUCAGCAAUGAAGAUAUUUAUUUAUUGAGAUCUGUAAC